GGGAUCUGUUUGGCUCGCCUACUAGUUAGAUAGCUGGUUCAGCAAACAUUCAACCAUCAGGAGCAUUUGACAUUAAGCAUUUCCAGUCAUGGAUCAAGACAACAACUCUGAGGAUGACUCAGUCGGUCAAUCAGAGGAUCCUUCAGAAGAGGAAAUGCUUAGCCUCCCUCCAGGGCUUUCGGAUGCUGAGGCAGUUGAGCUGCUAUGGCAGGUGCGAGCUCAACGGCGUCAAUCAUCUCCCGAUCUCCCUGAGACAGUGUCUCAGCUCACUGCUCCUGAUGGUAGCCUGUUGUACCUGGUGGGCACUGCCCAUUUCAGCGACAGUAGCAAGAAGGAUGUGGCCAUGACGAUCCGCGCGGUGCAGCCAGAUGUAGUGGUGGUAGAGCUGUGCCAGUACAGGGUGUCAAUGUUGAAGAUGGAUGAAAAUACGCUACUGAGAGAAGCCAAAGACAUCAACUUGGAAAAGGUCCAGCAGGCCAUCAAACAGAACGGAGUGAUGUCUGGCCUGAUGCAGAUUCUACUGCUGAAAGUUUCAGCUCACAUCACAGAGCAGUUGGGCAUGGCUCCUGGAGGAGAGUUCAGGGAGGCCUUCAAAGAGGCUGGAAAGGUGCCCUUCUGUAAAUUCCACUUAGGAGACAGACCCAUCCCUGUAACAUUCAAGAGAGCCAUCGCUGCCCUCAGUCUGUGGCAAAAGGCCCGUCUGGCUUGGGGUCUUUGCUUCCUGUCAGACCCUAUUAGUAAAGAAGAUGUAGAGAAGUGCAAACAGAAAGACCUGUUGGAGCAGACCAUGUCAGAGAUGAUUGGCGAGUUCCCUGCGCUCCACCAGACUAUAGUUGCCGAAAGAGACAUCUACCUCACGCACACGCUCCGCCAGGCUACACGCUGUGUGGAGGCCCCCUUUAACGCCCAGAAAGUGCCUGCUGUGGUGGUGGGAGUGGUGGGGAUGGGUCAUGUCCCUGGCAUAGAAAGAAACUGGGACAAGCAGCUUAACAUUCAUGAGAUCAUGAGCGUCGCACCCCCCUCACGUUUCAGCUGGGUGCUGUGUGCAUUCAUAAAGGGUGCUAUGAUGGGAAUGCUGGGUUAUGCCUGCUACCGUGCCGGAGGGGGUGUAGGUAGAGCCUUGCUGUCUUUACCUGCUGUUCAGUCACUACUAGAAAAUCUCCGGCCACCCCCUGCUUGACCCUUGCCCUCCUCCAUAACCCCCACACCUGUGACACAACCCUUGAAAUAAGAAAUCGAUGCAUCUUUCACCAAUGGCCUUAAUAAUGACGGUGGGAGAGGCUGGAGAGGAGGGUUCAGCAACCCAGGCUAUAAACUAAGAAGGACUCGAGAAGAUUCUGAAGGACUGAACUUUCUCCCACAAUGUAUUGAUGUCCCUGUCGACACAACAGGGCCGUACUGCCAAAGAAACCGUGACAGUACUACACUUAUUCUGUUUUGUCCUUGUGUGCUUUGCCUGCAUUUUGUCAGGUAUAUGAAUGCCAAUAUUUCUUUUGCCUACAUGUUAUUAUUCAUCAGACAUUCCUUUUAUUUACUUCAACAGAUUUUUUAUGGUAACUUUUGACCUUGAGGGAGGAACACGUUUUACUUGACGUGUCAGUCACCCAUUUUAAUAUGACAGAUAUUUAAGUUUUUUUUUUUUGAGGGGCGCAUUUUAAUGAUAAUGUUCCUUCCACGUGGUGGUCAGGAUUUUUUUUCUUUUCUUAGUGGCCCUUUUAAAUUCUAGCACUUAUAAUAAGAGACUGAGAGGAUUGGGAGAGACUUCAACCAAAUGCUGAUAAAAGCAAGGUAUAUUUUAAUACUUUAAUUGUUGAAAACAAAUUUUAAAUGAUGUAAUCCCAGAAUAUACAUUUUCAGAUCCCUGGAAAUGCUUCUGAUCUUCAUUUGGCCAUUUGCUGCUGAGUGUGACCAUUUGGUGAAGAACUUAUCACUGGAGCCUCAUACCUUUUCAAUCUAUUCAAAAUAUAGUUCAUAAUGUAAAAAAACUGACCACAAAUUGCAAGAAAUUUUUUUUUAAACUUUUUUUUUUAAAUGUCAACUUCUCAUAAAUGGCUCUUUUUCCAUAUUGACAAGAGUAGCAUUAAGUUGUAUUAAUUGGUUUCCCAAAUGCACGGUCCAGCCCACAACAGCAGACAAGUGCCUCAUAAUACAGUUGUAAGGGCUGAUGAUGAGUUUUGUGGGAAAAACCCAGAAAAGGCAAAAAUGUGUGCAAUAUGCAAUUUACACAUACUGUUACCAAAUGGUUAAUGCAAGUUCAUGAGAUUCAAACUAUUGAUAUUUUGGCUGAAUUGCCAUAGUGUAGGCCUGU